AUGGCCAACAAGCCGCGCAGCAACAAGCAGUCCAAGAGGAGAGCCUCGCCGCCUGCGUCCGCUCUCCGUCGCCAUGUUGUCGCAUCGCUGCUAGUCGCCGUGUCUCUCCCGGCCGCUCUCUCGCUGUGCGGCUCCCGCCUCGAGCGCAGCGGCCUGCUGGCGCUCGAGCAAGGCGAGCCAGCGACGGCCGUGGCGCAGCUGUCUCGCGCGCGGCAAUUUGCUGCGUACAGCGGCGCGGCUCUGCUCGGGCGUCUCCCGGGCGGGCUCCUGUGGAGCGGGCUCUCGCCGAACAGCGAGUACGCGGCCGGGCGUGCGGUGCUCGAGAGUCGAGGCGAGGUCCUCGCGGCGAUCGACCACUUUGACGCCGCUAUACGCGGGAACCCAAACCUGUGGCCGGCGCAUGCCAACCUUGCGGCGGUUCAAGCGGGGCUCGGCGACGUCAUGGCGGCGCUCGAGGCGACUCUUAGCGCGUGCCAGCGCGCGAUCGACAUCCUGGUGAUCCGCGCGGACGACGCUCCCGCGCCCGCAGACCCGGGGCAGGCGCUGCCGGCCUGCUCCUGCCUCCCGCACGCGGCGGACGCGUACCAGCGCGCGCUCGCCAACGUCGCCGGCCACGAGGGGGCGAGCGCCGCACUCGAGCGCCUGGCCGAGCUGCAGCAGGAGGGGAGAGGGUCGCAGGGUCGGAUCACGUCAAGCCUCUCGCCCUCUCGACGUCCUGUUGACAGCGUGCCGACAGACAGCGACACAGACCCUGUGGUCGUGUCUGUCACGUUUGGUGCUUGUCGAUACGUCCCUGCUAUCUUUUCUGUAUCAAAGGAUACGAAGAUGCGCGCAUUAAACGAGAGGGCAAGGAGACAGAUGAUGCGCAUGUGA